AUGGCCUCCAAUACCUUGUCACUUUCCAACAAUACCAAAAACACCCAAAUACUUCACUACACUUAUCUUCUCCUUCACAAAAACGGCACCGUACUCCCUCUUGUUUCAGCAGCUGAUCUUCCAUCGACAAUCACGGUGCUUCCACCAACCGGACCCGGAAUAAUAUCUCUGCUUCAGGAAAUCUCUCACCCAAGAUCUGCACCAGAGGUAUUGGAAACUACGCCGGCGCCAGCGGUAGCAUUUACACCGCAAAAUCCCAGUGGGUUGGUUCAGUAUCAGGGCCAAGGCAGAGAAAUCCAAUCUUCGGGUUGUGAGAAAUCUGCCACUACCCCUGCAGGGUCGGAAUGUACUCGUGACGACGCAGAAAUGCAAUCUAGAGCUGCUCCAUCAUCUUACUCCUCUUUCUCUUCUGCUUCCUCUGCGGAGGAAUAUUCAAAAAAAGGCCCAUUCUACACCCACCCACAUUCACACGAGGAAUCGUCGUCUCAACAACACAUAAUACUCCAAGAAGAGGAUGAAGAAGACGAUGAACGCCAUAAAGCUCGGCCUUGCGCUUACUUCCAGAGAAGGAUUGGCUGCAGGCGUGGGAAAAACUGUUUCUACAUUCACGCCCCUCCCACGGAGAAAGUGCACAAAGACACUAGAGACGGCUCAACCAGUGUACCGGGACGAGCUACUGACACCUCUUCCACCGAGUCAACUCCUGAGAGAGAAAGGGAUACACGCAUGCGCAGGAGUAUCGGGGGUAAAUGGAGGAGAGAAGAGGGUGAAGAGGUCGUAGCUGAAAAAGAAGAGGGGAGUGAGGAAGAGUGUAAUAAUGAAGUUAGAGAUAAAAAGGACUCGCCGACACCAUCACAACACAUCAAAACGCAUUGUACCUUUUUCUUGCGAUUCGGCGAAUGUGACUACUGGCCUACUUGUAAAUUCUCGCACGAGCGGCCCGAAGGAAGCUGGAGAUCAAGCAGUAGGAAGCUUGCGACGACACUUCCUCAGAGAAGAUCGGGAAGUAAUUCUAUUUCUGGCUCUGAGCUAUAUGAAGAGAAGCCGAGGGAGGUGAGAGUGGGGAAGUUGAUCUCGUAUUGA